CUCACACAGUGGCAAACCUGCUCCAUUCUUUUUCCAGAGCCCACAGGGAAGUUCUUCGCUUCUUUACUGCAUCGUGACUUUAGUAAAGCAGUACAACUGUGUGUGUAGGCCAACCGGAUGGAAGAGAGAAAAUUGCUGAUCUGAAGCAGUGUUCAUUAGAAGUCAUGUCCAGCAGAGGGCCCCCUUGCCAGGUCCUCGCUGUACCAUUGAAAAAAAUCACCCCCUCCUCUCAUCUCCUACUCAGGACCUGGGCAUCCUGCAGGGAAGCCACUCAGAGACUCAGCUCCCCUCAACUGCACAACCAUGUGAAUCAGCAGACACGCAGCAAGGACUAAAGGGUUGUUUGCCUUUGGAAUCCUCCUCAGCAGAGGCAAGUGAAACAAAGCAAACGAGCCUUCUGCAUUUUAAGCCAGAUCCUCUCAGGUUCAUGUGCCAUUUCCCUAGAGGUAGGUGAGCCAGGUGCAAGUGGGGAAAAAAAAGUCAACCAGCUAACGCCCGUGGUGAAGGAAGAUUCCCCACCCGCAAACGUAAAUGUGAGGGUGAGAGGAACUGCAAAUAUCUUCUGGUCCUGGGGCCGCUUGCCACUUUCACUAGUUUGGGGCGCAGGAAGAAACGAGGCUUGAUGGAGGCCACCAGCACCUUGCAGAGAGGAGCCUGCAGCAUCUCCUGGGCUGGUGUGUGCAGUUGUGGGAGAGCAGAGCACAUGUGCACCUAUUAGCAGAAGAAGAGCCACAUCUUCUCCAGAAUUCCCUCCUCUCCUCCCCUUCCUCUUAUUGCUUUACAGUAACCCAGAAGACUUCUCAAUCUUUACUAGCCUGGGAUUAUAGUCUCAAGAGCUGCCGGCAUGAAGCUUUUCCUCAUUAUUCUGCCUUCUCUUUUCCAAGCUGUUACAAAGUCUCUUCUGGUUCAUUCCAGGCUGGACAGCUAUGCCUGCCCUUUGGGACAGUUCCCCUGUGGCAACCUGUCUGUCUGUUUACCCCAGCUCCUGCACUGCAACGGAGAGAAGGACUGCGACAACGGAGCCGAUGAAGAGAACUGCGUGGAUAAUAGCGGGUGGCUGCAGAUUUUGGAUGACAUGCAGCAGACCAAGGGCAGCAGAGCCACUGAGGAAGAGAAGACCCCAGUCUGUGUGCUUGACCGGUUCCCAAAGGAAUGCCAGUGUUGGGGAAGGACGAUAGACUGCACCGGCCAGAACUUGCGCACCGUCCCCUGGGUUUCCUCCAACGUGACGAAGCUCCUCUUACAACACAACGAAAUCCAGGCAAUACUGCCCCAUGCUUUUGCUGGACUUUCCAAGCUUAAAAUGCUGUUCCUGAGUCACAAUAACAUCACUGAGCUGAAGCCAAGAGUCUUCCAGGAUCUGCGUCAUCUUGAAUGGCUAAUGCUGGAUAACAACAGAAUUGCCAAGAUCCUCCCAGCGACUUUUGUGGGGUUGAAAUCUCUGUACUUCCUGUACAUGCUGAACAAUUCCUUGAGUAGCAUGCCCAACACUUCCAUUUGUGCAGAGAUGCCAAAGCUCAGCUGGCUGGAGCUGGAAGGAAACCAGAUCCAUACUCUGAGAAGCUCAGUGUUCCAGGAAUGCAGCACCUUCACUGUGCUGAUUCUGCGCAGAAACAAGAUCAAAUGGAUCCAGGAAGGGGCAUUUUCCAAACUGAACAGACUGGUGGAGCUUGACCUGUCUAACAAUAGACUGGAGGAACUUCCACCAUCUUUAUUCAGUAACCUGCAAGACCUCCAGCAGCUGAAUAUUUCCUACAACCCCCUGAGGCAGAUCUUUGCCAACCAAUUUGACAGCCUGCCCCACCUGCGCUCUCUGAGUAUUGAAGGUCUGGAGAUCCCCAAUGUCCAGACCCGCAUGUUCCAGAAACUCACCAAUCUGUCUCACAUCUACUUUAAGAAGUUCCAGUAUUGCAGCUACUCUCCGCACGUGCGCAGCUGCAAGCCCAACACCGAUGGCAUCUCCUCCUUCGAGAACCUCCUGGCCAACAUCAUCCUCAGGGUCUUCGUCUGGGUCAUCGCAUGUGUCACCUGCUUUGGGAACCUCUUUGUCAUCUUCAUGAGGUCCUUCAUUGUCAUGGAGAACAGCCAGCACACCAUGGCCAUCAAAUCACUCUGCUGUGCAGAUUGUCUGAUGGGAAUCUAUCUCUUCUUCAUUGGAGCCUUUGAUCUCAAGUUCUCCGGCGAGUACAACAAGCACGCCCAGGUGUGGAUGGCGAGCAUCCAGUGCCAGCUGGUAGGCAGCCUGGCUAUGCUGUCCUCGGAGGUGUCUGUCCUGCUGCUGACGUACAUGACCCUGGAGAAGUACCUCUGCAUCGUCUUCCCGUUCAGCCAUUAUGGGGCGGGCAAGAAGCAGACCCUCUCCAUGCUGAUCGUCAUCUGGUUGUUGGGCUUUUCUCUCACCCUCGUCCCCUUCUGGUGCAAGGAGUCCUUUGGGGACUACUACGGGAGGAACGGGAUGUGUUUCCCACUCCAGUCCGACGAGACCGAGAGACCAGGAGCCAGGGGCUACUCCACCGGGAUAUUUCUGGGUCUGAACCUCAUUGCCUUCGUCACCAUCGUGUUUGCCUACACCAGCAUGUUCUACUCCAUCCACACCACAGCCACCAAGACGGCUGAGCGCAGCGUCUUCUCCAGGGAAGUGGCCAUCGCCAAGAGAUUCUUCUUCAUCGUCUUCACUGACGCCCUCUGCUGGAUCCCCAUCUUCCUCCUGAAGCUUCUCUCCCUGCUGCAAGUGGAAAUACCAGACACCGUGACGUCUUGGGUGGUCAUUUUCAUCCUGCCCAUCAACAGUGCCUUGAACCCCAUUCUGUACACCAUGACCACCACCCCCUUCCAGGAGAAGCUCAAGCUGUAUUUGCAGAAGAAGCAGCUGCAGCAGUUGUCACUUCAGGACCCAGAAGAGUCCAGAAAGAGCUUUACCCUGGUAUCCAUACACACCAGCAACUCCUGACAGUCCCCAGCAGCUUAGCCUGGGAUUGGUGAAAGGCCUCACUGCUUCAUGCAUGUAGCUAUGAAGGACCAUGUCUCUGUCCUCCCCAGGAACCUCCCCUGGCUGGUUCAUUGCCCACCCCAAUAAUAGCCAUCGUGGGGGCAGAAGAUGCCAAAGGGGAGCUGCCACCACUUUCCAACUGGUGUUAUAUAGAGGGCUACAGACGAAAUGGUCACAGACAGCAGAUGGGGCCUGAACUUCGCUCGUGUGCCCCACUGUUGAAAGCACUGGAAUGCUGCCUGCCCCAUGCAGGCUCAUUGCUGUGCGUCAGCACUUUGGGGCUGUGGGUUUAGCUGAUGCUGGUUCAGCACAAGGAUUAACCAGCUGCUGUGAAAGGGAUGUUGUAUUUCAUCCUAACCCUCUGUCUCUGUUGCAUGGUCCUUGUAGCUCCCUGCCCCUUCACCCUGGAGAGAAGCCGCAGGGGCAGCUGCUGCACCAGCCUUUGGAACCGCCGCCCCCACUGCAGAGCCCCAGAGAGGUGUUUUCUGCAUUGCCGGAAGCAAGUCUGGGUCCAGGGGAAGGAAGGUGGGAUGAGAAGCCUUCAGUGCUUUGAUUUGGGGCCAGAGGCAGCUCGAGCAGAUGCCAGCGUGAUCCUGGCGAAAGUUGUGGGCCACUGGUUCUGCCAGGUGGAGUGAUGAACUAUUGAGGCCACCCUCAGCCCUUGGGGAAGCCUUGGCUGUGGGACCCAGGCAGCAGCUGCUAUUGUGGGUGAAAUGCUGCAGAAGGUGUUGCUGUCCCCUGAUACUUCCUACACCACCCUGACCGCUAGGCCCGUGUUCAGGGCAGGUGUCCCCAUUCAGGGCCUGCUACCCCAGCCACUACGUUCAGCAGGGACUCACAGCCACGCCCUGUUCUCCACUCAUACCCGGGCUAGCUCCUUUAGAAAAUGAAUCCUUGCAACUGAGGCACCAACUCCCCAGGGCUAAUGCAGCCUGUGCCCCAAACCAUUCCUAGGGAACUGCUGCCAGCAGUAAAAUAGCAACCCGGGGGCCGGUUGGUGUUCCUUCCCUAGCCUCUGCUGCGCUCUGAUUUACUCCUGGGAAGGAGGCAAGAAUUGCCCUUCUCCAGGGGGUGGCUGGGCUCUGCCUUGGCAAUAGCAGUUCUGUCUCCCUGCCAUACGCUGCGUGGGCUGGCUAGCCCCACCCCCAAUCCCAGGUGAGAUUAACCUGGCAGGGCGUACCACCCCGAGCUCCGCUGGUGGCCUAGAGCCAGUGAAGUUUGUUUCAGCCGCCCCCAGGGCCGGAGUUACUGACGUCCCCCGUUUGGUUUUGGAAUGAUCCCAGCGCUGGAGCAGCAGGCUCUUGGGGCACGGCUCGCUCUGCGGUGGGGCGGGGAGAGGGAGCAGAGCAAGGGAUUGAAAGUUAACAGCUCUCAGCUCGCUGGGGUUCUCUUUGGGCACAGCCUUAGGACCACAGCAUGCUGCACAUUGUGACGAUGGCCUGGAGUCCCAAGGGAGCCACCUCCACGUGCGUUACCCCCCUGCAUUGGGGUGUGUGAGGUGCACAGAACAGCGAGCAGGAGAGACGGGCUGUGCCUCUACUCUCAGGGAACCCAGAAACCGUCUGCCCUAGUUUUGCAUGUUGGAUGCCACAGCUCCUUUUGGAGGAGCUAGCAUCUGGUUGAAGCCAAGGCACUUGCAGCUGCAGGGUAGGAGCCCUGGGCAGGUGACCAGGUAGAUACCAAGUGCUGGUAGCAGGGAGGAGGAAAGAAAAGGGAGUCGGGGAGAGUGCAUCAGAAAUGCUGCUUAAUGACACUGUGGUUCUUCUGGAGGGCUAUGUUUGUACACGUCUUGUGCUAAGUGAUGGGGGCAGCUGGUAGCUGUGGGCAACACUGCAGGGCUCCAAGUAGGCUAAAAACCCAGAGGGUACCACUCUGUGAGCUCGAUGAGACGCUGCAUUAGCUGCCAAGAACAGUGGGGCUUUGAGAGAAUGAGAUUAACACAUGGAGGCCUUAAAUUGACAGGCCGACCCACCCCUUGAGGCAUGGAUAUGACCAUUUAAUGCACUGCUUGCCGGUCUGUCCUCCGCCCCCUAACUCCUUUCAGCCCUCCUGUGAGGCCAGCAGUUCAGAUAACACCAGCCUCGUUCAUGGUAGCGUACUGGCAGCCUGGGCCCAGAAGGAAUUUCCAUUGCUUAGCAAACACACUGCCUACUCCAUCAGUCCACCCUAGGGUCCUUGCUGUCUCAGUUGGUGCUGAUCAGAGCCUGAUGCUGAGCCAGGCAGGGAAUCUGGAGGAAGGACAGCCCAGCCCCUGCCAGCAGCUCAGAGGAAUAGAAAGGAGGGCCGGCCAUUUGUACUCUGGGGCCAGAGGGAAAGUCAACGGGGAAAAUCAGAUUGUUUGGGAGCAACGGGAAGGGUCCUCUGAUGGGUGUGAAGCUAACUUGUGUGAGACCCAUAGCAACUGCCCCCCAACUGCAGCAAUAAUAAUAAUAAUAGCCCUUGUCCAUUUCUUUUUGCCUUCCACAUGCUUUACAAAACACUAAUGAAUUACACACUGCGCCUCAUUCUGUCAUGACAUGGGGCUGUGGUCAGGUGGCUUCACACCCCCGCUCUACUGCCCUGGAACCUGUGCCAGGCUGGUGCUGGGUAAGAAGGAAGCACAGACCUCAGCAGUAAGGGUCCAUCAAGGUUUCAUCAUCAGCCAGCGGAUGCCAUUAGUACUUUAUUAUUACACGGCGGGGAAACCGCUGCCCCCUUUGGAGUCAGACAAUCUGCAGCGGCUGCAUCUGAUACAAAAAAGAAGUCCCUUAAAUAGAAAACACACAUCGCUCUGGUGUUCAUCAUCUAGCACCAAGCUCUUACCGCCUGAGUUAUAUAUUAAUAUUCCAACUGUACAGUAUUUAUAGAUAGAAAAAGAAACAUAAAAAAAUGAGGCAAGAAUCAGUCCCAAACGUUAGUUAUACAAAACCAAACACAAACAGAAUAUAGCUGGUGUGCACUAGAAAGAGGGAAAGUUUGUUACUGGGGAAACUGACAAUUUCUACUGCCAGUGGGUUUUGUUGCCUUCCAAUUGGAACCAUGUCCAGUUGUUUGGGUCUCUGGUUAAAAAAGAAACCCCGUCAAGUGCAUGUCAUGGUCAGAGUGUUUGUGAGCUUGGAGGGAAAGUGGUGGAGUGACAUAAUCACAGAAGUGGGAUCCUUGGAUCAAGAGUUAUGGCGUUGCCUUUCCCUCCCCUCUGCAGUGCAGCGAGCACUGCUUCUCUGGGGGGAGGGAAUUAAGGGGAGAUCAAGUGUCCAUAACAAUGUGAGCAAACUAGACUGUACUAACCCAAUCCCUGCCCAUCUGGUUGACUAAAAUGGCACUAAUGUAGCACAGUUUGGGGCAACUCACAUUACUCUCUUAGUGGAAGCAGACUCUGCACAGUGGAGUUAUGAGACCAGGCCCCCUGCACUCCCUCUGGUCACACCUCACUGGCCAACGCUAUUAAACCUCCCCUGCAUGCAGGCUAUAGUUUUCCAGCAGGAUGAUACAUUUUUAGGGUGUCUUCAUGUAAUGGAGGGGGUUUUCUUCACCUCCCGCACACCCCAAGGCAAAUGGAACUCUGACCCUGGGAGUACCUUGAUGCUUACUAAACCCAGCCAAAGGGGGAUCAGGGAGCUGCACUGUGCCAUUUUGGUCUCACCCCCAGCCUUGUAAUGGCAACCCUCCAUGUACAGCUGACACACAGAUACAAGGACAAGGGUGCAUGCUUUGGAAUUUGGACUCAUCAAACUCGGAUCUGAUCCAAUUCAUUAAAAUGAAUGGCUAAGCUCCCACUGGAUUCAAUCGGGAUUAGGACUGGGCCCCUGGUUAGCAAAGCAUUUGCACCCUCAUUCAUCGGUCCACAUGGCCCUGUGCUAAAAACAGGGGUGCUAGAGAUUCCCUGUGUCUGAUCAAGUAGAAAGCACUGACCUGGAGUUCCUUCCCCAGUGAAAUUCAGCACCCAGAGUAAAAUAGCUUCCUUUUUGCCAUUCAACACAUGGCAGUCAUUAAUUAUAAACCAAAAUAACAACAGCAUCCAUCUGACAUUAACCAGCUCCUCAGACCACGAUUGCCUGUGCGCCACGCUGCUAGGUACAGCACACACACACUGUAACAUCCCUAGCAGACGCUCCUCCUAACACCACACACGGCCAUACAGACACUGCACCAGCUCCGCCGUCUCUCACUUCUCCUACACAUCAGCAUCAUCCUUGGUCACUUCAAGCACCAUCACUCUUGUGGCUGAGUCCAGCACCUGGGCUGAGAGGGUGAGCCCAUGGUCAGUUUGGCAAAGGGGGUUAAUGGGUCUGACUCUGGUCCAGUUGCUUCACGGCUCAGCCUGCUGUAUGGACUCCCCAGCCCCACUCUCCCCAGGGUGGGUGGGCGAUUGCUGGAGAGAGCUGUCCCACAAGCAGCACACUGGUUCGUUUCUGCAGAGCUGCUCUUCAGAGCUUUAGGGCGGAGACUCACUGCCUUCCAACCAGCAACGGGCAUUCUGGAAGCAGGAAAUGAUGGCUUCCGUUUGGCCCCUGGUGCCCAGGAGGGCAUGUUGCUGGGCACAGCUCUGAAGGUCCCUGGUGUGUAAGAGAAAAGGGAUCACA